CUGUAAUUACAUACGGUCUCAAAGUCUUUUUCCUUCUAGAGUCAUCUGAACCUUUUCUUUCAUUCUUUUACCUUGUUCUUUCUUUAUUAGGGUUAGGGUUUUUAGCUUCGCCUGCUACUCCCCUUGCUUAUCCCUCCCUCGUUGUAUUCUCAGGCCAAGCGCCAAGGUCAUUCCUUUUCCCCAUCUGGGUCAUUGGAGCAUUGGAAAUUUCGUCGUUCUUUCAAUUGUUACUUCAUCGCUUUUUGAGCUUUCUUCUGUUUCUGGAUCUGAAUCUGUUGCGGACCGUCAAUGGAAGCCAGAAAGAGAGGGAGGCCUGAAGCCGGCGGCAACGCUAAUGGUGGAUUCAAGAAAUCUAGACAAGGUCAGUCUUCCUAUCACUUCGGUGAUUUUCCUCCUCUUAGUUGGUUGACGCUGCGAAGCUCCGGUUAGGUUGGAGCUUAUUUUGGGUGUCUGGUGAAUUGUAAUUACAGCAGAUAGUUAUGCUGGUUAAAUUCUUUUCAGUUUGUUUCUGCAUUUUUUUCGUGCGACGAACUGAACUUUGUAUAGAGUUUGUGGUUACUAUUGCAGUAGUAUAUCUGUUUUGAGCUUAGGGAAGUAAUCUGCUAGUUUUGAAUCAUUGGUUACGAUAAAGAAACGGUAGAAACAGAGAUAAUUUGCAGCUUUCAAUUUCAUGAAGCAUACAAUUCCGCAAACUAAACUCAAGUUGCUGUACUGAUUGAUUAAUUCGAGUGAGCAAUAGGAUCGUAUAGUCACUCUCAACUUUGUUGGGGAGUUAUCGUCUCUUUAGUCUUUAUGUUAGUGGGAGAGUGCUUGGAAUGUUGAACUUAUUGUGCAAGAAUGAAGUUGAUAGUUCUAGAACUCUGCUGAGUUGAACUACAAUAUCGUCUAGUUGAGAUUAAAAAAUCUUCCAGAACUUCAACUGAGAAACGCAAUCAAUGUGUGUUAUCAGAAAUGGACUCGUUAUCAACCGGUGUAGGAAGCAAAUCGAAGCCAUGCACCAAGUUUUUCAGGUUCUAAUUUCUCACCUAAAUAAUCAUCUCAGAUUGCACAUUGUUGUAUCACCAGUUAGUACAAACUUUAAAUUUUACUAUAAUUAUGACUUGAGUCUAGGUUUCUGCUUCUCUAAUGAAAUCGUAUUAUACACUUACAGGUACAAAUGUGUAACUCUGUCAUCAUCAAAUCAAGUUAACUAAUUGAAUUAGUUGGUGCUGUUUACCUGGAUUAUUAUAUCCCCAGGAUAUAGUUGAUCACUCAGGAAGGCUAGGAAGCUAUUUCUAUGCUUGAUUCAAACUUUAUUUGAGGCCAAAGGAUGUCUUCAGCUUUUGCGAUAAUAUCAUAAAGAUGGUUUUAAUUGUAAAUGCUUCAAGUUUAAGUGCAUAAAGCACACUAUUGAAUGCGGACUACUGGUAAGCUAAAAUUCAGCAAUAUCUUAGGUAAGAUGAAUUGCAUUGGAUAUAUAAAAUACAAGGUGUCUCUCCAGAAACUGUAGUUUUGCUGGUUUAGCAGUAAUCCUUUGUUUUGUGAUCUUAAGAAACCAAAUGUUUGUCUCACCCUUCUAUCAAGUAAGCAUUUAUUGUAUCGAAGACGCAGUCCAGUAUGUUGCUUUGGUAUUUCAAUUCAAGUCUUAAAAUACAAGGUGUCUCUCCAGAAACUCUAGUUUUGCUGGUUUAGCAGUAAUCCUUUGUUUUGUGAUCUUAAGAAACCAAAUGUUUGUCUCAUUCUUCUAUCAAGUAAGCAUUUAUUGUAUCGAGGACGCAGUCCAGUAUGUUGCUUUGGUAUUUCAAUUCAAGUCUUACAAGUCUAAACCUUGCAUGCUAAUUGAUUCCUGACCACUAAGACUUUUCUAGUACACUUCUUAUCUCUUUACUUCUGUGUUUAGCUGAUUUGGCCACUUGUAUACUUCUGUUGCAGUACUAACGGGUGCCCAUUUGGUGAGAGCUGCCACUUCUUGCACUAUGUUCCGGGUGGUUACAAUGCAGUCUCCCAAAUAAUGAACCGGUCCUCCGCCCCUCCCAUGUCGAGGAAUGUCCCUACCCCACCACCUAUGUCCUAUGGCAACACACCGCCUGCUCCUCCCUAUGGCUCUUCUUCCUCCCCUCCAAUUAAAAACCGUUUGUGUAACAAAUACAUCAGUGCAGAAGGAUGUAAAUAUGGUGACAAAUGCCAUUUUGCACAUGGUGAGUGGGAGCUUGGAAGGCCAGUUGCUCCAUCUCAUGAUGAUCCUCGGAUGAUGGGCGGGCCUAUGCCUCCAAUGCCGGGGCGUAUGGGAGGGAUGCGAAUGGACCCACCACACCAACCAGGCCCGGUUCCCGGGUUUGGCGAUACGACAACUACCAAAGUCAGUGUGGAUUCUUCCCUUGCAGGAGCCAUUAUCGGCAAAGGUGGCGUGAAUUCCAAGCAGAUAUGUCGGCAGACAGGGGUGAAGCUUUCGAUCAGGGACCACGAGACAGACCCCAACUUGAGGAAUAUUGAGCUUGAAGGGACCCUUGAGCAGGUUGGCAGAGCUAGCGCAAUGGUGAGAGAGCUAAUCGGGAACGUUGGUCAUGGAGGUGGACAUGGAAGAGGAGGCUCAGGAGCUUCUGGGGAAAAGCAGCAUCCUGGCAGCAAUUAUAAGACGAAGAUAUGUGAUAAUUUUAACAAAGGGACUUGCAGUUUUGGUCAGAGAUGUCACUUUGCUCAUGGUGCUGCUGAGUUGCGGAACUCGGGUGCAGGAGGUAUGUGAAAAUGCCAGUGGUUGUUGUCGACAUUUUUUAGCAUAUAGCUAGGUUAGCUUGGCUGGCUGAGGUUGUGUGAAAGAGAACCAGACAUGGGUUUAUUAGGUAGCUCUGCUUUUUACUGUGUCAGGGGGAUAACAUUCGUUAGUGGAAGAGACAUGGUUGUUCAUACCAGCAUUCUUUUUACCGUUUUUGUAUUCCCAUGUUUAAGCUAGUGCGUCGCAUCGUUUAGUGAACUUCCUCAUGUGAUUUCUUGUCGAAUUUGUUUUCAUUUUCGACCUUUUGACAGAUGAACCAUCUCAUGUAGUAAUAAAGAUGCAAACUAUCGGGUUACACAUGCUGUGGAGAUGACAAUAAGAUAACCCAGAUUUC